CAUCAGGGGAGGCUCACAGCGCUCGGCGCCCGGCCCAGCUUCUUUCAAGAUGUCUACUGUUCAUGAAAUUCUCUGCAAGCUCAGCUUGGAGGGUGAUCACUCCACACCCGCAAGCGCAUACGGAUCAGUCAAGGCGUACACCAACUUUGAUGCAGAACGGGAUGCUUUGAACAUUGAAACAGCCAUCAAGACCAAAGGUGUGGAUGAGGUCACCAUUGUCAACAUUUUGACCAACCGCAGCAAUGAACAGAGGCAGGAUAUUGCCUUCGCCUACCAGAGAAGGACCAAAAAGGAACUUGCAUCAGCACUGAAGUCAGCCUUAUCUGGCCACCUGGAGACAGUGAUUUUGGGCCUAUUGAAAACACCUGCUCAGUAUGAUGCCUCGGAGCUGAAAGCCUCCAUGAAGGGCCUGGGGACGGAUGAGGACUCCCUCAUUGAGAUCAUCUGCUCCAGGACCAACCAGGAGCUGCAGGAAAUCAACAGAGUCUACAAGGAAAUGUACAAGACCGACCUGGAGAAGGACAUUGUUUCGGACACAUCCGGGGACUUCCGCAAGCUGAUGGUUGCCCUCGCCAAGGGCAGAAGAGCAGAGGAUGGCUCCGUCAUUGACUAUGAGCAGAUUGACCAGGAUGCCCGGGAGCUGUAUGAUGCUGGCGUGAAGAGGAAGGGAACUGAUGUGCCCAAGUGGAUCAGCAUCAUGACAGAGCGCAGUGUGUGCCACCUGCAGAAAGUGUUUGAAAGGUACAAGAGCUACAGUCCUUAUGACAUGCUGGAGAGCAUCAAGAAGGAAGUCAAAGGAGACUUGGAAAAUGCUUUCCUGAACCUGGUCCAGUGUAUCCAGAACAAGCCCCUGUACUUUGCUGACCGACUGUAUGACUCCAUGAAGGGCAAGGGAACUCGCGAUAAGAUCCUGAUUAGGAUCAUGGUCUCCCGCAGUGAAGUGGACAUGUUGAAAAUUAGAUCUGAAUUCAAGAGAAAGUACGGCAAGUCCCUGUACCACUUCAUCCAGCAAGACACCAAGGGCGACUACCAAAAAGCCCUGCUGUACCUGUGCGGCGGAGAUGACUGA